AUGAAUUCUACGCUUGUCAUGAGAUCCAUUGGACGACAAGGAGGCACGGUGUGGACAGUGUGGUGCAUGUGCGCCAAAUUGCACGUGCGUCUCUCAACUUUACGUAUGGAGCAGCAUGCUAAACUUUUACAGGAACGAGUAGUAUUAGUUGAAAAACAUUUUGCUGAACUAUGCACAUGUCUUGGGGCAUACACUCGCAAAGCUGCAGGGCUAAGAGAUAAAAAUGAUGCAUUGGCAAAAGCUGUUUAUAAUUAUUCAGAAGCAGAGCAUGUAAAUAAAGGCCUAAAAAACUGUUUGCUUGAAUUUUCGAAAACGCUAGAAAGUGUUGGUGAUUACAGGGAUGUAGAAAUACAGCGAAUAGAGUCAAAUGUUAUUUCUGAAUUAUCACAAUAUGAGAAACUUUGUAAACAUGCAAAGGAAGAAGUUAAAAAUACUUUGGCAGCUCGUGAUCGUGAAAAUGCUCGUAGAAAGCAACUAGAUCGCCUUAGAGAGAGAAAUCCAAGGAAUAGACCACAAAUUGUAUCCUUUAUAAUCCAACAUUGUGUUAAGAGGAACAUUGAGAAAAUAUCCAUUGUUCACACUGAAACUAAUACAGCGGCACAGGUAGAACUUUCGAAAGCAAGUAUGGAGGUAGCAAAUAACAUGAAAUGGCUGGAAGAACAAAUGGAUCAUUUUGAGAAAAAAAAGUUACAAGACAUUAGAUCUCUUCUCCUCAGCUAUAUAACAGCGGAACUUAGUUUCCAUGUCAAAGCUGUUGAAUUAUUUACCAAAGGCUACAAUGAUAUUGCUAAUAUAAAUGUGAAUACAGAUCUUGAGGAAUUUCAAAGUUUCCUACAAGAUCCUGAAUCUUCUUCAAGAUUAGAAACAGUAAAGCGAACCUCACUCAGACAGUCAAUAGCAAAUCUGUUUGCUACUCCGCCUUCUUCAAAACGUCCUGAACAAAAUGAACCUCAGACCACUGUGAAGAAUCUUUCUAUGAAGAAAUCUCAGGAAAAAGCUGAAUUUGGGCGUGAAUAUGAAGAUGAUGAUGACAAUGAUGCUGCUGCCGACGAUGAUGAUCUCUCAGUGGUUUCUGAUACUACAGACAAUCAUCGAUAAAUAAAAUCAUGUUAUUUUAAGUAUAAAGAGUUCCAGAACAUAUUCUGUAACAUUUUUAAUUAUUUAAUAUAUUGUGUUUCUGACAGUAAUUAUUUUUAAGAAAUAUUAUUUUGCUAUUACUCAUUAUUACUCAACCCAAAUAUAUGUAGAAUAUUUGAAAAAGUGACAUUACUUAUAAUUGAUGUAUUAUUAUUUGAGUGUGGGUAAUAAACGAUUUCAAAUAUUUUGAAAAAAAAUUCUGGUUUUAUAAACUCAAUAAUAAUAGCUCAUGCAUAUUUCUCAAAUAUCUAAGCCUUCAGCAUUUUCCUAUUUUAUAAAUCUUAUUACAAAGCAUUUAUUGAUUUUAUCACUCCCUGAAUUCAAUUAUCUGCCAUAAUUUAAUUUCUCUUAAACACUUUUCUUUACAUCUUAAAGUUGUGUUCUGUAAAUCUGUUCUUAGGUCUGGCUCUGAAACAAAUUUUAACAAAUUUGUAUUGUUUCUAUCUAUUGCCAUUUAAGAUUUCUUUGAUUUAAUAACUAUCCUGGAAUCUGGCUAUUGGUAUUUCAAAUUACUUAUUUUUUUAACUUUCAUUUCAAUCUAAUUGCCUUCCAAACAUUGUAAUAUAGUUGUAUCUUUUUUUUUUCCACUUCUCAUUAUUAUCUAUUGUACUUCCUCCUAUAUUCACAUAUCAAGCAGAUUAUGGGCAUUUUCUUCCUGCAUAACAGAGACCCAAUAGAUUAAUUGAUUUUUCCACCUACAGAGGACAGAAUAUUGCUUCUGAAGGAUUUUCCCCCAAAAGUAAGGUUCAAAAGACAAAAUAAUAGAUUAUCCCAAACAACUCUUUGGCUUUCCUCUGAAUGAACCUUGGCAAAGAUUGCAAAAGAGGGGAUGAGAUGCCUGCCCUCGAAAAUACCCCUCCAGAAAUAACCCAGCAUUAUGAAUGGAGGAUAUGAUGAAAGCAUCCUCACAAAUUUCUUUGAGAGAAGUCUGGAUCAUCGCCUCAGGUGUUACUCCUUGA